CAUCCGGGUCACCCCGUGACGUCCUCCCUCCCUCUCGCGGCUCCCGACCGACAGCACAAGAUGGCGGAGCCUUCCAUUGGAAGCUCAAGCCCAGGGGGUUCGGCAGGUUCGGAUGACAACGACUUUGAUCCCUCUGCUGAUAUGCUAGUGCACGAUUUUGACGAUGAACGGACGCUUGAGGAGGAAGAAUUGAUGGAAGGUGAUAACAAUUUCAGCUCGGAAAUUGAGGAUCUCGAAAGGGAAGGAGAAAUGCCAAUCCAGGAAUUAUUAAAUCUGUAUGGUUACGGGAAUACGGUUCCAUUCCCAGGUGAAGAUGAUGAAGAGGAUGAGGAGGAAGAGGAUGAUGAUGAAGAAGAUGAUGAUGACGAGGGGGGUGAAGGCGAUAAUGAGGCUGACAAUGACGAAAACAGUGGGAGCAGUGAAGUGCCGGAAGAUCUGCCAGACUUGAAUCUAAUCAAGGAAGAAGUACCAAAGACCUCAUCUGGUCAGGAAGAUGAGACCCAGUCUUCCAAUGAUGACCUGACGCCUUCGAUUGCCUCGCAGGAUACGCAGGAGAUGGUCCGCCCACGCAGAUGUAAAUACUUAGACAUAGGGCUUUCAGGACGUACGUGCUGUUCUAAGACCCGUUUCAAUUCCAUAGGCAAUGAAGGGGAAGAAGAGUCCGAAGAAGAUGAGGAUUAUGUGCCUUCAGAAGACUGGAAAAAGGAGAUUAUGGUGGGCUCCCAAUUCCAAGCGGAGGUUCCCGUCGGCUUCUAUAAAUACAAAGAGAACGAAAAGGUAUAUGAGAAUGAAGACCAGUUGUUGUGGAACCCUGAUUUUCUGCCUGAGAAUAAAGUGGUGGAAUUUCUUUGUGAUGCUAGUAAGCGCACGGGCGAGGAGAAAGGAUUGAAUGCCAUACCCGAAGGCUCACACAUCAAGGACAACGAGCAGGCAUUGUAUGAACUAGUUAAGUGCAACUUUGAUACAGAGGAGGCACUGCGGAGGCUAAGGUUCAACGUGAAGGCAGCUAGAGAAGAGCUCUCAAUUUGGACGGAAGAGGAAUGUAGAAAUUUUGAGCAGGGACUGAAGGCGUACGGGAAGGAUUUCCAUCUGGUUCAGGCUAACAAGGUGCGAACGAGGUCUGUGGGCGACUGUGUGGCCUUUUACUACAUGUGGAAGAAGUCGGAGCGCUAUGACUUCUUUGCUCAGCAGACAAGAUUUGGCAAAAAGAAGUACAAUCUCCAUCCGGGCGUGACAGAUUACAUGGAUCGUCUCCUGGAUGAAACUGAGAGCACGGCCUCCAGCUGUGCCCCCUCCCCCCCACCCACCACCUCCACCAGCAGCAGCAGCCAGGCCGAGCGGGAAGAGACCGCGGGAGCAAGCAACAUCAAUGGGAGAACAGCGAACGGUGCAGUUGAGGCUUCAGAUCAGUGGCAAGAUUACACCGAGCUCCGAGGCUUACAUUCAAACGGGCCUGUACACAGCAGCUCAGCCAAGACCGGCACUAACGGCUGUGAGAAAGGGGACUAUCUGUGUGGCGACGAGAAACUGAGUUACACACAGGACGGGAACGAGAGCGAGUCUGAAGCCACUCUCGAGAGGCCAGCCAAACGGUUAAAAAGCAACGGCGACUCUGGGGACGAAACGAACAAUGUUGGGGCUUCGGACAGCGGGCUGCACCCUAAAGCUGACGGCGAGACAGAGAGCUUUCCCGCUCUGUCCGAGCCAGCGAGGCAUCAGCCACGCCUCAAAUUGGAAUCAGAUCCUCAGUAACACAUCACAUGGUUUGGUUUUUAAGACUUUUUUUUCUAAGCUAAAAAUGAACCUGAUUUUUCAACUGUCGGGUCGGUUUGUACAGAGCUGAGCUGUGACAUCAGUGAUGUCUUUUAUAGAAGAUAAACUAUUCUUGUGUCUGGGCUCAAGUACAUAUCAGCAAUUUUUUUUUCCAGAUUUCUACCUAGACUUUUGGAUCGUAAGGAUAUUUUCAACAAGUAUUUGUUAAUUUUUUGAGCUCGCCUGUUUCUGUAAAAGCGUGUACAGUCCUGUUUUGUACAGUUCCUAAGCUUUAUUAUGGGAGGGAGGGGUGGGGGAGCAAGAGAGAGGUGUGGAUGGGAGGGGGGAAAUAAAUAUACCAAGAAUCUAAUUAUGUCAUUCAUUCCAUUUUGGUACAGCUAUUUUUAAAUUAUUAAAACGAUGGAAUGUUUAAAAUAUUUAAAAGGUAGUGGUUUUACACUGUCAAGAGCUGUGAUGAGGUUUUAUCAGGGCUGUAGUUUUUUUGGGAGACUGGCAAAUCAAAGUUUUUUUUUAUAUAUAUAUAUACGCUAUUCUAUUUCUGCAGAUUUUUUUUGGUCUGGCUGAGUGACAGUCCUGAUUUAUUAUAUGCUGCAUUUUCUGGAUAUUUUUGAUAAGACUCUGGCCCCGGAACAUGUUGAUGAUGCAUGUUUAGAAAAAAUUUUAAUUGUGCAAAACCCGAGCUAUGAUAUUUUUCAAUUAAAAAAUGCAAAUCUUAAAA